AGACGCAGUCGCUACGGCGUCGACGACGGGCUGUGCUUACGGCCUGCCCGUAUAGCUAGACACGGACAUGCGAGACGAUAUAUUAUGAAGAAAUAUAACGACCGAAAAUUCAAACGUAAACAACUGUGGUAUGGAGAGUAGAUCUCACAGUUCGUGACCGCGAGAGUGACGAAGGUUGUAACUUGACACCGGCUUACGCGCACGUUCGUGUUCGCGGUGGCGUUUUGUUUGUCUUCGUGUGUUGCCGGACACCGUGAGCGGAUGACGUGCGCGCGCUUGCAGGAAUUUGCGCGAAUAGGGUGUGCCUGACAGACGACUUCUUCACACGCGAUAAUCUAUCACCCGGUCAGAGACAGGUUAGCUGUGAGUUGUUGUCGGAGUAAGCAAAACGCACCCUGGUGAGUCGCAUGUGUACCCGACUUCGCCUCCAACUAUACUCACAGGCCGUAUACACUCCCAGUGGUUAGCGCUAGUCGUUGGCCGUGGUAGGACUGUGGCGGUGCGAGUGGUGAGCAAAGGUUGCAUGGUGAGAGCCAGUGUUGAAGUUAGACCAAUGUCGAGGUAACGGACAGCGAGACGGUGUGAAAUUGAUGGCGGUGGAUUAAGACUCUCCUAGUCUAUAGACUGAGUAUAGGCUAAAAUGGUUUACUCGCUAUCGCACCCUGCAGGCUGUACACUAUACUAGAGCAUGAGGUCUCUAGUCCCAUUAUAGUCUAUAGUUUAUAUCCUAUAGGCUGUCGUCAUGGCGACGUCUGUGCUGAAUAUCUCGCGCGCCGUCAACGCGUCAUUCUCUCUCGGCACACUUAGCGCCGAUCUGAACGCGUCGUCUUCGUCAACCGAAAAUGCCUCGGCGACGUCGGUCGCGUCGUCGGCGGUCGACACGUCGUACGGCGUCGUCGCCACGACCGUGCUCGUCAUCGCGUUCAGCGUCAUCAUCCUCGCCAUCGUCGUCGGCAACUGCGUCGUCAUUGUCGCCGUCGUCUGCGAGACGAGUCUGCGCUGCGUCACGAACUACUACAUCGUGUCGCUGUCGGUCGCCGACCUGCUCGUCGGCAUCGUCGUGCUGCCGUUCUCGGCGACGUACGAGAUUCUCGGCGACUGGGUGUUCGGCAGCGCGCUGUGCGUGUUCUGGACGGCGUUCGACGUGCUUGUGUGCACGGCGUCCAUCUGCAAUCUGGUCGUCAUCAGCCUGGACAGGUACCUGGCCAUCAGCAGACCCAUGAGCUAUCACAAGUGGAACACCAAGAGAUGCGCCGCCAUGAUGAUCACGUGCGUCUGGGUGCUGGCGACCGUCAUCUGCAUCACGCCGCUGUUCGGCUUCGGUGUGCGCGAGCAGGGCAUCCGCAACCAGUGCCUGCUGACGGGCGGCGUCGGUUACGUCAUCUUCUCGGCGGCCGGCUCGUUCUUCGUGCCGCUGUGCGGCAUCUUGUUCAUGUACUAUCGCAUCUACGUGCUCGCCGGCUACCACACGCGCCGCAUACGCAACGAGCGCAAGUACAUGAAGGAGAUCUCGAGCUACUACAGCGGCGCAGGAGACGCUCGGCGUGCCCGUGAGUCCCGUGACGUCACGCGAGCAGACGGACGGCGGCGCCCAACGGUCCCGACAGACGAACGGCGGCGCCCAGAGGUAACGACAGACGAACGGCGGGGCGCAGAGGUCAAGAGGGAGCCUGUACGUCGGCGGCGCGCAUCGAAAACUCCGCACUCGGUUCCGCCAGCUCUCUGAAUGUCAGCGCAG